AAACGCAUUCGAAGAAUCGAUUAUUUUCGAUAACACAGUAACGCGGCCGUGUUGAUUAUUAUGAUUCGUACAAAUUAAACCGUGUAUUGUUUUAAAUAUUUCGACAUUGUCGGAAUUCUAUUGUGUGACUCUUAAUUGUUUAAUGUUUUGCUUAAUCUAGGGCUUUGUCGAGAUGAAUCCGUUUGGGUUUACAUUUUUGUCGUGAUAUAAACAAUUGAUAUUUUCGCGGAGGAGCCGAGCGUGGUUUUUAUGAAUGUUUUUGCGUGUCGGCCGCUGGUGGGGGAAGGGUGGGGCCUCGGUAGACUCGUCCCUCUCUAGCCAGUAUUUUGAUUUAGUUUCCGAGUCUUACGCAGAUGUGGCAAUUUUUUCAGUCGCGUGAGUAAAUCGCGCGCGGCUGUUACAUUUGCCGUGUUUCGGACUAUUAUUUUUUUAGUUUCGACUUCGCGACUUAGUAUUGAAACUUUUUAUUUCAGGUGUCUAUUAUUAAAAGUUAGUACAAAAGACUUUGAUUUGAGUUUAAGACUGUGUUGUAAACUGUGGUCAGUGUGAGUGACACUAUUUAUGGUGAUAAACACAAGUGACGUUGUGCAUGACCACCUCAUUGUUACACCGAGUUAAUAUCAAGUUUGGAUGUCUUAGAUUAAGAUGAUGCACAGUUAUUAGCUGAUCUCGAAGACUGAUUAAAUUAUUUAUUUAGCCAAUUAGGAAAUGAUAGAUCCAUGAAGUUUCUCCCCAGGACGGACUCGUUUCAGGUUGUGGUCCUCGAAAGAGUCCAAAUACUGCAAUGACUACUGCGAUGGCUGCGCACCAGGAAUCUAUCCACGAGAGACUCCAGCCCACGCCCGAGGAGCCGCUGUACCUGCACCAUGAGGCGUCGUCGUGGCCCGAGUCCAACGACCACCAGGAGGAGCACAGCGCCGACAUGUCCCCCUACUACAACAUGCCAAAAAGAAACAAGAGGAAAAACUUCAAGCCCAGAUGCGCUCCCAACACAACGGCCUUCUCUGACGACUCCAAUGGAGCAAACUGUGACGACACAGGCAGCCCUAUCAACGGAAACGAUAGAACUACCCCCGAACAAGUGGGUGAUGACGAUAAGGAUGAUGGAAAUUAUGCUAAAAUUGGCGUCAAAAACUUCAGUCUCCUAAAAGGAGGCGCAGUCGACCUUAGCAGAAGACUGAGCACAGACUCUAACGAAAACAUAGACUCAAAUUACCAAAAUAGGUUACCUGAGGAUAAGAAAGUAGAUUCGUUUCAACAUUCGUACAUACAUAGUUUACAAAUAAACCAAGGCGCCGAGAGAGAUCGGACCGUCCUGAACUUUAGUAAUUUACAAAAUAAGACGUUUUGUGCCAAAAAUCCGUUCGCUAUAUCUCAACUUAUAAAGACUAACUCUCCACCGAGAAGAAGGGAUUCGGAUUCAGAUGAGGACAAAGGUCAGGAUAUAAAUGCAAAUGAGAGACUGGAAGAGAAUCAGGAACAGAUGGACACGACUGAGACGCAACAGAACGGUGACGCAUCGAACGCUACCAACAGAAUCUUACGAGAUUACGCAAUGAAUACCAUGAAAGAACUGCUUGGUAUUUACGGCCUGUCUUCUAAUGAAGUAGCUGAUGCUAUCAGUGGACAGAUUAGAGCGUUAGAAGCAUUGCAAGGAAAACCAUUCACACAGUUGCCUUUGAGUUUGAAGAGGAGACAUGACUCUGGUAUGGAGGACGGGACUGAUCGCAGUCUCAGGAGAUCUUCAUCAGCUACUGAAGAUGAGGGAUCAACUAAUAUCACACCACCGAAAACCCCUGACAAUGACAUCGAAGCUCAAAGACAAAGAGCCUUACAAAUAAUAAACCAGCAGUCGAUGAGACUGUUCAACAGAUCUCAAGGUCAGGAAGAGGAUGGGAGCGGAUCUGAUGAUGGAGAGCAAACUCUUGACCUUAGCGUAUCAAGAGAUACUGAUGGACAGGAACAAUCGGCGACCUCGAGUGCCGCGAACAGUGUGUCGGAGUUUGAGCAACAAAACCUUCUGAUGAGGAAGAAUUUAGAAGAUCUAGCCAAUUUACAAAUGCAGGGUUUCUUCCAAAAACAAUCAUCGAUGGACGCAGACGACUCACAAGAGCGGAAAUUGCAAGCAAGUGGAUUGCUUUCGGCGUUGAACCACUUGGACCAGGCGAGGAAGAAUUCUUUGCAUACAACGGUCGAUUACUCUAGAUACGUUAAGAGGUACAGUUCGACUCUAGAAUGUGGCUCAUCGUACUGCAAGGAUCUUGGGUACCGGGAACACUUCCACUGCAUGGACUGCACCGGCAGGGUCUUCUGCAAGAAAGAAGAGAUGAUCAGGCACUUCAAGUGGCACAAGAAACGCGACGAAUCUUUAGCUCAUGGCUUCAUGAGGUAUUCUCCUCUGGAUGACUGCUCUGAAAGGUUCACCGACUGCCCUCACAACCGCAGCCAGACCCAUUACCACUGCAUUCAAGAUGGCUGCGAUAAGGUAUACAUAUCAACAUCUGACGUGCAAAUGCACGCUAACUACCACCGAAAGGACUCCGCGAUUCUCCAAGAAGGUUUCCAGAGGUUCAGGGCCACUGAGAGUUGUGCUGCUCCUCACUGCGUCUUCGCCGGCCAGCGGACCACGCACUUCCACUGCAGAAGACCCGGAUGCACAUACACCUUCAAAAACAAGGCCGAUAUGGAGAAACAUAAAACUUAUCAUAUAAAAGAUGAGGCGCUUUCUAAGGAUGGCUUUAAGAAGUACAUGAAGAAUGAAGCCUGUCCUUACCGCGACUGCCGGUUCAGCAAGACCUGCAACCAUAUCCACUGCAUCAGACCGCAUUGCAACUAUGUCCUGCACUCCAGCAGCCAGAUCUUCACUCAUAAGAGGAAGCAUGAGAGGAAGGAACAGGAAAUGAGUUUCGGGCUACCUACUUCGGUGAUCCAAAGUGCCUUAAUGCAGCAAGGAGCUGAUCUGAGCAUGUACUCCCCUGGGGGAAACCUUCACAUUGAUGAUGAUAUGUCCAAUCCCAUGAUGGACUCGGACUACCCGCAUCCAUUCAACCCUGCGUUAGUUGAAGAGGUAUCUAGAAAGUACAUAGAAACCUUUAAUGGAGGUAAAGAGGCUGAAGACAAGUGCAGUAAAUGUAGCGCUUUUAAUAAGCACUAUCAUUGCUUAGCUGAUGGCUGCAAAAUGGCUCAUAGUUGUCACACCACAAUGGUGAAACACGUAAUGGAGCACGAGCAACAGAACCAGGUGACCGACGCCUACUUCGUUACAUACACGCGCAACAACCCAUGCACGAACUCAGCGUGCCAACACAUCAGAGACAUCACGCAUUACCACUGCACCUGGGAGAACUGCGGGGCAGUCAUCCUGUCAUCCGAAGAGCAUCCAUUCAGACGCCUUGAGCAUCAUCGCCAGCAUGCGAUAUUGAGCCCUAUGUCUCCAAACUUAGCGUCUAGAUUUGCUCCGAACUUCACACCACAACUGUCGGCUCAGCUGCAUCCUAAUAUGGCAGCGCAACUUGGUCAGGUACCAAACCUGCCAAACCUUCCACCGAACUUGGCGCAGCUGGCUCAAAUGGCACCAAGUUUGACGUCACAGUUGACUCCUAACUUGCAAGCUCAAUUAAAUCUAGGACCGAGUCCUGGAGUUGUUCCACAACAGGUCAACCCGUCAAGUUCGUUGGAUGAAAUGUUCAGUAGAAAGAGGGGAAGACCCCCAAAGAACAGAGUUGUUGAAGUCUGGACUGGAAAUGAGACUCCUCAAGCCAUAUUCACGUCGUUCAAAUUACCUAAGAGUAACCAAUUACCGCCUGUUGCACCAUCUCCUGUCAUUCCAACGAUUGAGGAAUUCCCUCGCAUCAAGUUCCAACACUUCGAAGUGUUCACAAGCAUGGACACCUGCUCAUCCUCCUACCCUGGCUGUCAGCUCCGCAUGACUAGACUACAUCUCCACUGCUUCAACUGCAGCUUCGCUGGAGAAACUCACGUCAUCAUGGAGACUCACAUGAGGGAAGCGCAUGGCGUCAGCCCACUUGUAGAGGGCUUCGACCACUUCUCCUCCUUCGACCAAUGUGGUGGAAAGAGCUGCUUCAAGAACCAGUUGAGGUCACAUUUCCACUGCGCUCAAGGAAAUAAUUGCCCAGCAAUUUUGACUCAAUAUUCAGCAUUGGCGACGCAUAAGCAUGGAAGGGGAACUCCAGUUAUUAAGAGUGAAACGGAACAAGAGAGGCAGUUUGAAGAAGCUAAAGAUUAUUCUUUGAAGGAAAGGGGAUCAGUUGAUAGCGUUGGUUCUAUGAAGGAGCCUAAUGAGUCGUUCACACCAACAAACUUCUCUAUCAAGAGUGAGUUUGAAAGAGAACAAGAUAGCGUGUCCGUAGUAAAAGCGACAGGAACCUUCUAUCCGUCCUCGCAUCUUCGUAGUAACACAUCAUCUCCAUCACCAAGGAGUAUCUACGAUGCGUCUCCAUCAAAGGACAUGAAGCCUCGUAUGGAGUAUGACCAGAAAAAGGCUUUCGAACCCCCAAAGGUCACUGGACCUACAAUCCCACCGUCAUGCCAUGACCAGACUUGUCCAUUGAACAAGAACACGACGGGAAUGAACCUGCACUACCACUGCCCGCAUUGCAGUCAGGCGUAUGUGGACUUGAAGUUACUAUUUAGUCACAUGGUGAAGAAGCACAGUAAUACUAUGGAGCCUGGACCUGUGGGAUUGGCUGCUACUAAGGAGACUUUGGAACGGGAAUAUCCUGAGAUAUCGAUACUACCGUCAACCGCGUCAUCAUCAGCUACCAGCCAGGUGCCGUCACCCAGUCAUAGUCAGCGACCACCGAAUCCUGCUGAUCAGGUACAGGCCGUUCAAAGUCUUCUUCUUCAGCAAUACUUGGCUGGUGGAAGGAAAGGAAGUCUGCAAGAGCAGCUGAAGAUGCAACAACAGUACACAGCGUCCUUGGCUGGUUUGCCAGGACUGGCACAAGUUGCCUUAUUUUCACAGGGUGGUUCCCCAUUCCCUCUGUAUCCAACAAUGCUGUAUCCACCGGAGCUCUUGCUAGAGCAGAGUCUGCUGCAAGGUCAUGGGCUACCUCCGGGCCUGGAUAAAGAGGCUGAAAUGAUUGCGAAAACGCGAACGCAUACGACGCGUGGCCCGCAUAUGCGCGUCAUGAAGGACGAGCCCAUACCUGAAGGGUACCUCCGGUUCCGGUUCAACGAGGACUGUGCUUACCAGCACUGUGGAUACAGGGAGCAUCAAACACACUUCCAUUGCACAAGGAAGGACUGCGGUUACUCAUUCUGUGACAAAACUAGAUUUGUUCAACACACAGCUAGACAUGAAAGACUGGACACACUUAUGGGUGGGGACUUCCAGCAGUACAGAGCUAACGUGUACUGCAAGCGGCCCGAGUGCCCACACGCCUCGACUUUCGGUAAUUAUCACAUUCGCCAGAACAAGGCUUCUCACUUCCAUUGCCUGAAGUGCGACUUCGUCUGCACCGACACCAACAAGGUGGUCGCCCAUCGUCGUCAGCACCAGAAGCUGGACUCCAUCCAGGCUGCCGGCUUUGAGAAGUUCCCGCCUAGCAAAGGUUGUGGCUACGAGCCCCAAUGCAUCCACAGCAAGAAACAAACCCACUACCACUGCUUGCAAUGCGGCUUCGCCGUCCUCGGCCUAUCCCAGAUGACGUCACACAAGUACAAACACCAGGAAGCGAACCUUGGACCCUCGACUAGUGGUACCAACUGACCUGAAAGACAUGUAGACUUAACCAGUGAAAGACUUAGUCAAAAAUAUUGACGUUGCGAGUGAACAUGUGAAUUAUUUAACUUUCUGUCUGUAAUCAGACUGGAUGAUAUUCGGAAGUGCCUAGAGUCUCAUCAAGGGUGUAUCUAACCUAAUCUGAAAUACUGGCUUUACUAUAGGAUGGGGAUAGCAAACUGCCAUAGCUCUUGGUCUAUCGCAUUUUGGGCAAAAGGACCAGACGGCUCUGUUCGACAAACAGUCGAUUGUAGCCUCAUCUCUUGUACUACAGAAGCCAUCAAUUCAUUAGUUUAGUGUCCCUCGAAAUAUUGUGCCUUAGUCACAAAACCGGAAUGAAACCUAGUGGCAAAUAUUUUUGUGCCAAAACACAAAAUUAGUUAUAAACUAUUGUUGAAUUUAUUGAAGCGAUUUAUGGUUAGCAUGAGGCGUAUGUUUAGAGUAUUUUCCUACAAAUGUAUGAACAAAUAUUGUGAAUAACCUGUAGAUGCAACUGCAUGCAUGUUUAUCUUGUUUUAACAACAACCUUGGAUAGAAGGACCAAUUUUUGGCAGCUUUUUGAAAGUGGUCUUUUCUGGUUCCAAAAAGGAGUAGCGAUUAUUAAAAUGAUUAAUGAAACUCCAAAGGUUGUUGGUAAAAUACAGACAGACAGAUAAAAAAUAUUUUAAAGUGUGUAUUUCCUAAAUCCUGACCAAUCUUAGUUGUUAGUUUAUAUAAAAUAUUUAUAUUUAUUACUUCCCCAUGAAAAAGACAUUUUUACGAAUAGUAUUAUUAAAUGUAGAACUUCGUGAAAUUAUAAAAAAAAAUAUUAAGGCAAUAAAAUUUGGGUUAAGAACGCCACAUUGUGCCUGGAGGGUUAAAGUCAUGACAAUAUCAUAUUUUGUGAUAAAUUCUGAUAGAAAAAUACUCAUUUACAUAAAUACCAACUCAUUUAAUGGCCAAAAGGACCUCACUAUCAGAGGUUAUCGCAAAACAUAUUAGUUUUACAAUCGAAAAAAAUAUAUUUAAUAAAAAUCAUAUUUAAUAAAAAAAAUGGUCAAU